UCUAAUAUUGUUUUAUUAGAUUUCGAAAGAUUUGCUGCUCAAAAUAAAAGAUACUGUUCUUCAGAAAGCUGUUGAUGGCAUGAAGAAAGAAGGUGUCCCCUAUCUAGGUGUGCUUUAUGCUGGGUUAAUGCUUACCCAGGAUGGACCUAAAGUUCUAGAAUUUAACUGCAGAUUUGGUGACCCAGAAUGUCAGGUACUUCUUCCACUGCUGAAAAGUGAUUUGUAUGAAGUUAUGCAAGCAGUCAUUGAUAGAAAGUUGUCUAGUUCCAUGCCUGUUUGGUUCGAAGACAGUGCAGCUGUGACCGUGGUCAUGGCUAGUGAAGGGUAUCCAGGAACAUAUCCCAAAGGUUUGGAAAUAACAG